AUGUUGGCUCGCUCAAUUGUCUCCCUCGCGGCAGUAGUCUCCGGGGCUAAAGCAGCAGCUAUUGACCCACGAGCAGCUACAACAACCACUUUGGUCACUAGCACCAGCACGGGGCCCAAUUGGUUCCAAACGAGCCCAGAGUCAUACGCAGGGACCGUCGAAACUGGUGUCGCUCCGUUCCUCGUUGAGGUCAAUCCAGUCACCUUCUCGGGUGUCAGCUAUGCUCCCAAUGCCCCAAUUCAGACGUCUGAGCCAAUCAAGGGUGCCAAUGGACGAAAUAUCUUCCAUAUAAUGGGCGACCAGGGCCCAUAUCACUCUCCCGAAGAGGGCUUUGGGGUGGACGAAUACCCUCUUCCCAAAGGUGCCAAUGUCACUCAGAUGCAUAUGUUGCACCGCCAUGGAUCCCGAUAUCCUGGUGACACCAGUCUCAGUACCUGGGCGGCGAAAAUCGCCAAUGCGACCGCUAAAGGCACUAGGUUCACGGGAGAACUGGCUUUUUUGAACGACUAUACCUACGGCCUAGGUGAAAAUAGUCUGGUUGCACUUGGUCGCCAAGAAUUGUUCGACAGCGGAGUGCUUAACUGGUAUAACUAUGGCCACCUAUACAACAACGAUAAUGGCACUAAGCUUGUCGUUCGCACAACAACAUCCGAUCGGAUGUUAAACAGCGCCGAGAACUUCUUAGCCGGUUUCUUUGGACUGGACUGGACAGAGAAUGCAAACCUCCUUCCGAUCAUCGAGGCCGUCGGUUUCAAUAACUCCCUUAUCGGUACCUAUGGGUGUGCCAAUGCGCUCGAGUAUGAAGAAUCAUCAGCGAUGGCCUUGCCAAUGGAGGAAUGGGAAGCCAUAUAUCUUAAGAAGCGAACUGUCGCGCUACAGCAGUGGGCUGGUGACUAUAACUGGACUACAAGCGAUUCUUUCAAUGCCCAAAUGCUGUGCAGCGCCGAAACUGUGGCUUUAGGCUGGAGUGACUUCUGCCAGCUGUUCUCCUAUGAAGAGUGGGAAGGUUUUGCGUACUACUAUGAUCUGUACUUCGCUCAGAUGGUCGGCUUCCAGAGCCCUGCUGGUCGUGCCCAAGGGAUUGCCUGGGUAGAGGAGUUCAUCGCACGUAUCGAGGGCCAUCUCCUCGAGACCACCGGCACUGACGCCAAUAUGACCCUCGAUACCAACGAAGAGACCUUCCCCAUUAACCAAAGCCUUUAUCUGGACUUCUCCCACGAUAGCGGAAUCGUUACUACUCUAACAGCCUUCGGCUUCGAGCAGUUCAAGGAGGUUCUACCAGGAUCCAGCAUGCCCGCCAACCGUCAGUUCCAGACCAGCAAAAUCGUCCCCUAUGCCGGUCGCAUGAAUAUCGAGAUAAUCAAGGCCCCUGGUGUGGUGUCCACGAAACGCAAUGCUAAGGAUGUAUACGUCUCUGGCACUAGCGAGACUACCUAUAUCCAUUUCCUGCUAAACCAGCGUACCCUGCCCUUGCACGCCAGUUUCUCGGCCUGUGAAUACCGCGAUGAUGGUUGGUGUGAACUUGAUACCUUCAUGAAGAUCCAGCAGGAGAGUCUGGCAAAAUCGCAAUUCGAUUAUACGUGCAAUGGAAAUUGGACCUACGGCGGAGUCGGUACUGUCACUGACGGUGUUCCUGCUUAA